AAGCCUCUCACAUUGGGGGGGGCAUUACUCUCAAGCCAGGGACCAAGCAUCUGGAAGGCUAACUAGUUCACAAAGUUGUUGAUCCAUUUACAACCAGGAAUCUCCUCUCUGAACGCUAACAAUGGACAACCAUUCAUACAACUUCCCAUCCGACUGCACGCCUCUCACCAACUGCAAAUCUGCCCGUAAGCCUGCUGGAUCCACCGUAGUGAACAUGGGGAACAUUGGCAAGAAUCCUCCGCGGGACUAUCUAAUCUGGUCGCUGUGCAACACCUUGUAUGUUAACUUCUGCUGCCUGGGUUUCAUGGCGCUCAUCUACUCCAUCAAGGCCAGGGACCAGAAGACUCAGGGCAACCUGCAGCUGGCUCAGGAGUGUUCGGACAAGGCCAAGUGGUACAACAUCCUGGCAGCCGGCUGGAAUCUACUCAUUCCACUCCUGGCCGUCGUCCUGCUCGUCCUCCUGCUCGUCCACCUGGGCUCGUCUCAGGGCUCUUUCGACUUCCUUGGAGAAGACGGAUUCCAAAACUUUAUAAAACUGUUCAGCUGGUAGAUGAAGGCAAGAGAUAAGAGCGAUAUAUGAAAAACGAUCUCAAAUUCGACUUAUUCACAAUAACUGCCAGAAGCAGGCAUUUGAUUUUAUUCAGACAAGGAAGGCUGAUGUAAGAAUUUUACGCUCCAUUUCUAAAUGGGAGACUAGACAUGUUCUGGGCUUUCUAAAUCCCUGCUCAGCUCAAUUAGUCAAGGGAAAAUAUGGCAUGUUUGUGCAUUACAAGAAUGUCAUCUUAACUAAGCACACACCAACAUAUGAAAAUGUGACAUAUAUAUAUAUAUAUAUAU